CGGGAAUUCAUAACGUUGACGUUUAUCCGCUAACAUGCACGCGACGUCAUGUAUACUAUCGACGUCAUUUCUUAUGUUGUACAUAUACAAGUUCGUAUUAACGUUUAUUAAAAGGUCGAACCUAACGCACGAUUCCAUAGUUUAUUAACACUAUACGAUCAUACGCAACAUUUUGGUAUCGCCGCUUGUUAAACAGCUUAAGCUUUUCAUGAAGGACAAUGUGAUUCGUUGUGGUGGACGCAUUCAUAAUGCAGCCUUAGAAGAAGAGACGAAACAUCCGAUUUUGCUGUCGGCAAAGCAUGCAUUCACGCACCUGGUAGCCAAGGACGCCCAUGAGAGGUUACACCAUGCCGGACCCAGCUCAACUAUAACACUUUUGAGAGGAAAAUACUGGAUACCAGCUAUACGUCCAUGCGUUCGUUCGAUAUUACGAAAGUGCGUGAUCUGCAAAAAGGUUUCUGGUAGACCAUACAAAGCACCAGACCCUCCUCCGUUACCGAAGACAAGAGUGUCAGACGUAGCCCCGUUCACGUAUACAGGUGUUGACUAUUCCGGAGCUCUUACUGUGCGUGACACUAACGGAAACGACAUGAAAACAUACAUAUGUCUGUUUACCUGCGCCAGUACGAGAGCCGUUCACUUGGAACUGGUACCAGAUCUGUCGGCGGAGUCAUUCCUGUUUGCAUUUAGGCGCUUCUGUAGUCGCAAAUCAACACCAAAAAUUAUGAUGUCUGAUAACGGCACGACAUUCACGGCUGCUGCUAGAAAUUUAAAUAAUUUGUGUGAAUCUGCGGUGGUGCGUGACGAAUUCAACAACCGAUUAAUCGAUUGGAAAUUCAUCCCUACAAGAGCCCCUUGGUUUGGGGGUUGGUGGGAAAGAAUGAUCGGUCUCACCAAAAAUGUAUUGAAGAAGGUACUUGGUAAAGCGUACGUGACAUAUGAAACACUACAGACUAUUGUCACUGAAGCAGAAGCCGUUAUCAACGACAGACCCCUUACUUACGUCACUUCCGGCGAGCCAGGACAGCCGGAAACAUUGACGCCUGCCCAUCUUCUAUAUGGAAGACGGAUAACGUCACUUCCUGUCGAGCCUGCGACAUUGCCAGCAGAUUAUUGCAUCAAUCGUUCGUCGCUUGUGAAGCAAGGUAUUCGACGAGUGCAACUCAUACAGAACUUCCGCGAAAGAUGGCGACGUGAAUACCUGACGGCACUCAGAGAAAGAAGUCAAGUACAGGGAAAUAACAACCAGACGAUAUCAGUAGGCGACGUCGUACAGAUUCAAGAUGACUGCCCGAGGACGCAAUGGCGCUUGGCCGUUGUGGAGGAACUCGUGCCGGGAAAUGACGGACUCGUUCGUUCGGCGAAAGUUCAAAAAAAAAAUGGACUCACUCAUCGACCAAUCGUGAAACUUUAUCCAAUUGAAGAAUGUGAAAACAAUAUCUAGAGACUGUUUAUAUAAUGUGAUAAUAGAGACUUAAUGUGAUUAUUGUGAUAAGCAGAGACUUACGCUAAUUUAAUAAUACUUGUUAAAAUAAUUUCAUGUUAUAUUUUCUGUUGUUAGAUUUUAUAUCAUUUCGAGGCCCGGAAUAUGUCGGGAAUUCAUAACGUUGACGUUUAUCCGCUAACAUGCACGCGACGUCAUGUAUACUAUCGACGUCAUUUCUUAUGUUGUACAUAUACAAGUUCGUAUUAACGUUUAUUAAAAGGUCGAACCUAACGCACGAUUCCAUAGUUUAUUAACACUAUACGAUCAUACG